CAUGUUUAAAAAAUAAAUGGUCAUGUAUAUAAAUCCUCGAAGCGCUUCAAAUUGACAGCAGAAAUUCAAAACCCUUAUCUUCUCCAAUCUCCAUUGCUCAAUUUUCCUCUCAGACCCCUUCGUUGCAUUUGCUGUUUUCCUUGUUGCUAAACGUUGAUCUGACUUCUGAUUCCUGUACAGUUCUAGGGCUUACUUCAUUCGAAAUUUGGGAUCGCAAUGAAUACCUCGUCGCCGGCUAAUUCUUCCAUUUCUACCACACCGGUUGCCGGAAGAUGUACCACUAAUGCCGCAAUGUCUCUUGACGAUUUUCGCUUCCCCGCCAAUUUAGUUUCCCUACAAGAGCGCAAGGACGAGGCCAUGAGCGCUCUUAAAUCUAAUAUAAUGGCUGCACUGAACAAGGAGGUCAAAUCUCUGGAUGAUGAUAACUGGAUGUUUGAAGGUCCUCGCUCUCGUAUCAACCUUAUGUCACGACAAGGUGCUAAUUGCCAUGCAAUUCCAUAUCAGGUGCUCAUUUCCUCAAAAAGACAGAAGAGAAAACAAGAUGAUGGGCCAGCUUGAUCAUAAUCUCAGUACAGUUCUUCAGUAGAGUUCUUCAGCCUCAUUCCCACAAUCCAAUCAACAAAUCCUUCUAUUCUAUUUUUAAUUUUUCUUUAGCUGUUUAAGGGUUUGCAAAUGCUUGUCCAAAUCAAACCUUGCUUCACAUGUUUGGAUAAUUUUUUUAUCU